CGAGGCCGCCGCCAGUGAAGAAGUCGGUCACUGGUAGCAUGGCGGCGUCGACCAGGAGGCGCAGCGCGUGCGCGGAGCUCGAAGGCGUGCGCCACGCCUCCGACGACCUCGGCAUCGCCUCGGAGCCGCUCGGGAGCGCGAGGCGGCGCAGCAUCGACAGUGCGAUCAGUGCCUCCUCACCCUCAAGGAGGGUGACUCGGCGAGCUACCAUGGCCAUGGGCACCCUGGGCAAGAUCGUCGAGGAUGGACCGACGAUGGACAUGCCGAUUGACCCGACCAUCAUCGGCAGCGACAGUGAUUCGGACCUCAUGUCGGACAUUGGUAGCGAAAUGUCGGACUUCAGCGACCUUCGAAGUGCAUCGCGGGUCAGCGGCGCCAAGAGCGAGUCCGUCCACCGAAUGCGCCAGG